AUGGCAGGCGUUUCUGCUACAUCUUCAAUGGUGCCAAAGGAUGUUCCACCCCUAGAUGCCUCCAUGGUCCCCACAUCUGAUCUCUCUGUGGCCUCAACAGCCAUAAUGCACAAGACUGCUCAGAUUGACCCUCAAAAAAUUGUCACACCCCUCAUCCCUGCAGCUUGGCACUCUUGCCUGGAAAACCUCAAGCUCCUCCACAUGUUUAGCAAUGUCCCAGUUGGCUUAACCCAAGGCUUCCAACUUGGUGCCUCAUGGGCCCUUUCCUCUACCUCAACCCUGCCUAAUCACAAAUCUGCUCAUGAUUCUCCUUCUAUCAUUGACUCCCAUACUUCUAAAGAGCUGGUGCUUGGUUGCUACUCUGACCCUUUCCUGCAUACAUCCUUAUUCAACUUAAUUGGUCAUUUCUGUUCUGCCCUGCUAGGGCUUGUAUCUAAACCUUCCUCACCAGGGGAAUUCAGAAUGGUACAGGAUUUUUCUUUCUCCCACUCUGAGGGUCAGAACAACCCAGUCAACAGUGAGAUCAAUGUGGAGGAGUUCCCAUGCAUAUGGGGAUUAUUUGAUAAUGUGGUACAGGCCCUUUUAGACCUCCCAGAGGGCUCAUCAGCUGCAACAUUUGAUGUGGACACGGCAUACCAGUGCAUACCCAUUCACCCAGACAACCAACCAAGUACCAUUGUGUCAUGGCACAACCAGCUCUACAUUGAUCAUUGUGCUCCUUUUGGGGCUGCUAGCUCCAAUGGCUUGUUUGCACAGUGCAGCAAUGUAAUGCUCAUGAUUCUCAAGGCUUCCUUGGGAUGCUGCAUUGUUAAGUGGGUGGAUGAUUAUGUCAUCAUCAGGCCCCCCCAUGAUCUCCCUGGGGGCAACACAGUUGAGCAGGACAUAUACAAUGUAGCCUUGCUGCUUGGAUGGCCAUGGAAAUCCACCAAAACCAAACCAUUUGCAUCAUCAUUUAUUUUUCUUGGUUCCAAGUGGUUGAUUCCUGCCCAGGAGGUCUCAAUUCUGCCCAAGAAACAACAUAGGUUUCUCAAUAAGAUAGCAGUAUGGCUCAAUGCAGACAGGGUGUUGUUGAAAAGUACACAGCAACUUAUUGGCUCCCUUGUCCACUGCACAAAUGUAGUUUGCAAUGGCAGGGAAUGGCUUGCUGGUCUGAUCCACUUUAGCACUACCUUUCCUCACGCUCACUGUUUUUGUUUUAUUGUAUGCGCUAAGCCAGCUCUGGCAACCCAGGACACAUUGUGGUGGCAAGCCAAGCUGUCUGCCAAUGUAUGCUGCUGCACUAUCUCCCCACCUCCCCUGGCAUACCCUCACAAAUUCUUUAUGGACGUGUCCAUGUCUUUUGGUAUUGCAACCAGUGUUGACAACCAUUGGGCAGCCUGGCAACUAAUGCAGGGUUGGAGAUCCAACAGUUGCAAUAUUGGUUGGGCCAAAAUAUUGGCCCUUGAAAUGACACUGGAAUCAGCAAUUGCCUACAGUAUUUGCAAUUUACUGCUACACUUCUGCUUGGACAACCAGGACAUCAUUUUUGCCAUGGCUGCCAGUAGAUUGCAUAAUCUGGAGCAGAACAAUGCAAUUAAAUGUAUUUUUGCUUGCUCAGCCCAAUUUGGCCUCCAUAUCAACACAUCUCACAUUGCUUCAGAUGAAAACCCAGCUGAUCCACUGUCAUGUGGUGUACCCAUCCACACUAUGCCCCAUUGCUUGUGGUCCACGCCAAUUCCAGCCCAUCUAGCUGCACUCCUGGCCUUCACACUGCUCUCACUGUAG